AUGCCAAAACUCGCCCCGUCUGAUCCGGAAAAGGUGAUGGUUAUUCGCAAGAUAUGCGAUAAUAUCGUUACAUGCAGCCUACCGUUUUCCCGACUUGGGAUCUUUAAAUUCGGAGGUCGCGCAACUCUAGUCCGUCUCCAAACCGGAUCGAUUGCUGUCUUCUCUCCAGUUGCACUUACGCACUCUGUAAGGGAAGCAGUCGACAGCCUAGGUGGGAACGUGAAAUAUCUCAUCGCGCCAGACAUGGAACAUCAUCUGUUCCUAAAUGACUGGACAAAAGCAUAUCCUGAAGCAGAGAUAAUUGCUCCAGAAGGGCUGUGGGAGAAGAGGCAGAGUAAACCUGAGACCUCCGGCCCAAAGUUCGAAUAUAUCUUUACCCCUGAGAAUAAAGACACUCUUCACAUCUCGGAUGAGUUCAUUGCUGAGUUUGACAUCGAGUACAUCCAUGCACAUGUCAACCGUGAGAUCGUGGUACUGCAUAAGCCCUCGGGGACCCUAAUACAGGCAGACCUGUUCUUCAACCCACCCGGAAACGAGCAGUAUCAGAAGUCCAAGGAGGGAGCCAGAGACGGGUUCGCGAACAAGCUUUACCUCUUCCUUAUGUCGUCGAAGGGCAACGCUAUGUCACAGCAGAGGAUGAUAUGGUAUUUAAUGUCAAGCAAGGACCACAGAGCAUUCAAAAAGUCCAUCCAGAGGGUCGAUAGAUGGGAGUUUGACCGUGCGAUUCCAUGUCAUGGGGAUACAGUUGAUCAGGGAGCAAAAUGCAUGUUCAGAACCCUGUUCCAGUGGUUCCUUUGA